CAACAAACUACUUCAACAUCUAAAGAGUUCUUGAACUUCUUGACAACUGGUCCUCGUGGUGAAACAACACCAUCAGGCAAGAAGGGUGAAGAGGAACUAGUACAACAUGGACCACAAGAAGAAGGGCCUACUAGUACUAUUAAGGCCGAUCAUCAGGAUCAUCAAGCAGUUGUGCAUCCAGAAACAG